AUGGAACAGCCACUGGUGACUUCUCCAUCCAAGUUAUUGACUCGUCAGCGCGAGCUGGCAUCCCUGCAGAGGAGUGCCAGCCAACUGGCCGUGCUGGAGGAGCUGGAGCUGGCCGUCACCGGCUGUGUGAGCGCGCAUAAGGAAGGACGAGGAGCGCUGGACGUGUCGGCGAUGUCGGAUCCCGAUUACCUCGACUCGCUGCUGGAGCCGCAGCUGCUGCUGGAGCUCGACGGGAGCGCGGCACUGCAGGAGGGAGCAGCAGCAGUGGCGGCAGCAGGAGGAGUGGGGUCAGAGGUGACGCCCAGAGUACAAGAGUCUGAGCCCAGCCUGGAGCCGUGGGACGAGGGGGAGCCGUUCUCCAACGUCGCGGACGGCAGCGCUGCUGCUGCUGCUCUGGGAGACGAUCGCCUCUAUCUGCUCAACAGCGAUGCGGAGAACCUGCUGGAAGACCUGCAAUUCGAAACCUCACCGCAGUUAAUAGAUCCCGACAGCUUCACUACGCACGCCGGAGUCGGCCUGGAAUCUCUGGUGGCUCUGUCGCACCACGCUCAAGGCGACUUCCAGAUGGACCAGAUGGACUUUGACUUUGACGGUGUGCUCAAUGUCAAGGAGGAGCCAAAAGUCUGUGGCCUGAAACCCUGCGGCGGCACCAGCUUCGGCUCCGAGGAGGCGCGGCGCGAUGCGGACGAGCUGCCCUCCCUCCUGCAGCUCGACGGCGCUGCAGACAGCUCCGAGGAGCCCGAGGGGCACGACCUGGGCAGCGCAACCACCACGAGCGGCGAGGACGACGACAGCGACGGGGUGGACGACAUGGACGCCAAGUUCCUGGAAGAGGAGCUCGUUGUGGAGGAGGAUCCUCUCAACUCCGGGGACGAUGUGAGCGAGCAGGACAUGUCCGAGAUGUUUGAUGUCGAUAACGUGGUGGUGUGUCAGUACGAAAAGAUCCAUCGAAGCAAGAACAAAUGGAAGUUCCAUUUUAAGGACGGCAUCAUGAACCUCGAUGGACUGGACUAUUUCUUCUCCAAACUGGCCGGCGACGCCGAGUGGUAGCUCCGAGCCUCGCUCCACACACGUGUGUACGCGCACACGUGUGUGUGUGUGCACACCCACGUGCACCUACGUGCACGCGCUUGCUACGAGUGACGCAGCAGCCCUUGUUUACUUGUGUUCGUGAGUUUAGGCAGAGUUGUGAUGCUCACAACUUAAAAUUUAGUUAACAACUACAAACAAUCUCAUUUGUAAUAGUUCAGUGCCAUUUACAGAGGGGGGCACUAUUGGUGAUAUUUCUUCCAUAAUCUCUUGAAAUGGUAGUUAUUAAAGAGUUGACUUCACAUGAACACUGGGUUAUUAUAUUGCAAUGAAAACUAUUAUUCACAUUUGUCUUGGUGAUUUGCCCAAUAUUCGGUAAUGGAAACAUUGGCUUGUGUGGUCUUUGUUGUUGACAAAAAUGAGAUGAGAAUUAUAAUUUUCCAGUCUGAGGAACGGGGGCCCCUGAUGCACGGAGCAUGACCUGGAGAGCUAC